AAACUCACAUUUUUUUCUUUGUCACAUAUGAGAAGAAAUGAAACCAGAAACUAAAAAAACAGAACAAAAGCAAAAACAAUCCUCACAAAUCAAAGAAGACCUUCCUCCUCCGACCAUACCACCUCUUCCACUUCCUUACAAGUCAUGCAGCUUGAAAGUUUCUAUUCACUGUGAAGGCUGCAAAAAGAAAGUGAAAAAAAUACUUACCAGUAUUGAAGGUGUUUUUAAAGUGGACAUUGAUGUGAAGCAACAUCAGGUAACGGUAAUAGGAAUCGUUUCACCGGAGAUUCUCUUAAAGAAGCUUCACAAGGCUGGUAAAAACGCCGAACUGUUACCGGAGAUACCCGACCCGGUUGAGAACAAACCCAAACCCGUCGACCCGAAAGAGAAGAACAAGAAAAAGAAGAAAGAAGAAAAUGUGCAACGAACCGAAGAAGCUACUUCUUCCGGUACGGAUAAACCGGAGAAAACCGAUGUCGGAAAGUUUGAUAAACCGGAGUCUGGAAAAACCGACGCCGGAGAGUGUUGUACCGGUGACGGCUGUGAAGUUGCUACGGUGAAAGAGAGAAAGGACGUUCUUAAGGAAAAAGAUUCUGUCAAGGAAGAAUCUCCGUCACCACCGGCGGAUUCUCCGGCUCCGGCGGCGGAGAAGAAAGCUGAAGAAACCGGUGGAGGUGGUAAUGGCAAAGUUGGUAAAAAGAAGAAAAAGAAAGGGCAAAAUCUGAACACCACUAACAAUCCUACCGAUGGACCUGCCCGUACUCAAUCCCUUCCUCCUCCCACUACAACAGAUCACGACCGUCCAUUUAAUCAGAUCAAUGACCACCAUAUAAUAACCAAUAACAAUCCGCCACCUCAUGAUCUGUAUCCUUAUCCUGCACCAGGCUAUUAUGCGCCGCAAGUCAUGUAUGGCGUAAGUUAUAACGUUGCUCAACCUCCGGUGAGUGUAGACGCUGCGUCGUAUUAUACACCUCCACCACCGUAUUCGUACGCGUACAUGAACAAUGGUUAUCAACCGUCCGAUCAAAACCCUUAUCAACCUCGACCGUCAGAUUCGUUUGAGUUAUUCAGCGAUGAGAAUCCAAACGGUUGUUCGGUAAUGUGAUGUCAAAUUACCAAAGAGACCUUGAACUCUGCUUAUACUCCUUGUAUGACUUAAGGAUGGUUUCGUAAUUUGAAGUUCUUACACGUGCAAGUUAGCUUAACGGUGUUUUUAGUUAGGUUUAUUUGAAUGAAUGUUGUAUUAGUUU